AUGAUAAUGUCUUCGCAUAUUCACAUUGAACCAAAUGCAUUAGUUACUCUUGAUCAAACAGACCUUAAUCGUGUUCGGUCAUCUGUUCUUAAAUCUCAAAUCUCAACCUAUCGCCUAUUAGCUCGAAAUUUACCAGUUUCGGAUGAUUUAAUUUCUUCGUGUUCCUAUCAGACACAACUAGCAUCGUAUAUUCAAUCACAAUUAAAUAUUAAUGAACAACAACAGCAACCACCUCACGCAAUAUCAGCGACCAUCGUUCUUACUGAUAAUAAACACCAACAUGUUCAACAAACAUUUCCAUCAGCAACAAUUAUGUACAAAACGCUUGCUGGUUUAGAGAAUAGUAAUAAUAAUGUGCAACCACCCAUACGUCGUCAAGAAUAUUUAAUUAGUUUGAAUCCGUUACAUAUUCAACAAGAACGUGAAAAACGUGUAUUAAAUCGUAUGUCAUUUCGUCUAAAUGAAUUAGAACAAAUGCCGGUACAAACGAACAAUCAUUUGAAUACUAAAGCAUUAAUCGAAUUAAAAUCAUUGAAAUUAUUAACAUUUCAAAAACAACUACGGAAUGAAAUAUUAUCAACAAUGAGAAAAGAUACAUGUUUAGAAACAGCUCUAAAUCCCCGUUCAUAUAAAUGUCCAAAACGUCACUUAUUACGUGAAGCACGUACCACUGAACAAUAUGAACGACAAAAAAAAUUAGAACAAGAACAUCGACAAAAGGAAAAACAUAAUAAAUUUAUUAAUCAAAUACUUGUACAUGUUAAAGAAUUUCGUGAAUUUCAUCGACAUACACAAUAUACAACACAACGUAUUAGCAAAGCUGUUAUACUCUAUUUUGCUAAUAGUGAACGAGAAUUAAAAAAAGAACAAGAAAGAAAUGAAAAAGAACGAAUUAAACGGCUGAUGAAUGAAGAUGAAGAAGGUUAUCGGAAACUAAUUGAUGAGAAAAAAGAUGCACGUUUAGCACUCUUACUAUCACAAACAGAUGCAUAUAUUGACAAUCUUAAACAGUUAGUACGACAACACCAGCAAGAACAAAAAGUGACGAAUCGGCAACGUGGCCGACCAAAAAUCGUUUCAGAACAAAAUUCCAAUACAUCAACUCCAGAACAAAAACCAUUACUUUCUGAUGAAUCAAAAUUCUCAACAGAAACUGUAUCAAUAGUCAACGAAUCUCUUCCACUUGAAGCUGAAACUCAAGAUCAAACAGCUAUUGUUUCAGAAGAAAUUGAUGAGUCGUCAACAACAAACGCUGUAAUUGAUCAAACAAGGAACGAUGAAGCUAUUCGAAAUGCAGUUAAACAAACAGCAACAAAUGAAGAUGAUGAAUAUGAUGCAAAAGAAUCAUAUUAUACAUUGGCACAUCGUAUACUUGAACCAAUCCACGAACAAUCAAAACUAUUAAUUGGUGGUCAAUUAAAACCAUAUCAAUUACUAGGACUUGAAUGGCUUGUAUCAUUGUACAAUAAUAAUUUAAAUGGAAUUUUAGCAGAUGAAAUGGGCUUAGGUAAAACGAUUCAAACAAUUGCAUUGAUCGUUCAUUUAUUAGAUUGUAAAAAAAAUCCAGGUCCAUCGUUGAUCGUUGUUCCAUUAUCAACAUUAUCAAAUUGGGCCGCAGAAUUUCAAUGUUGGGCACCGAAUGUGAGCGUCAUUCAAUAUAAAGGUACACCACAAAUACGUAAAAUGUUAUCACAAACUAUACGUACAAAUCGUUUUAAUGUUUUGUUAACAACAUACGAAUAUAUCAUGCGUGAUCGUUCAAUAUUAUCAAAAGUACAAUGGAAAUAUUUAAUUAUUGAUGAAGGACAUCGAAUGAAAAAUCAUCAUUGUAAAUUAACACAGAUAUUAAAUACAUAUUAUACCAGUGCACCACAUCGUCUGUUAUUAACUGGAACACCGUUACAAAAUAAUUUACCCGAAUUAUGGGCACUAUUAAACUUUAUUUUACCAACAAUAUUUAAAUCAGCUACAACAUUUACUGACUGGUUUAAUGCACCAUUUGCCACAUUACCAAGUGAGAAAGUUGAAUUAAAUCACGAAGAAACAUUAUUGAUUAUUCGACGUUUACAUAAAGUAUUACGACCAUUUUUAUUAAGAAGAUUAAAAAAAGAAGUAGAAUCACAAUUACCAGAUAAAGUUGAAUAUAUCAUUAAAUGUAAAAUGUCAGCAUUGCAACGUUUACUCUAUGUUGCCAUGUCAAAAAAUCGUACCUUAUUAACAGAAAAUCCCAAUGGAAAAACAGGUCGUUGUGCUUUGAUGAAUAAAAUUAUGCAAUUACGUAAAAUAUGUAAUCAUCCAUUUUUAUUUCAACAAAUUGAAGAUAAACUAGCUGAAUCGUUAGGAUAUAAACAAGGAUAUAUUGAUGGUCCUGAUUUAUUUCGUGUUAGUGGUAAAUUUGAAUUAUUAGAUCGAAUAUUAUCAAAAUUAAAAGCUACUGGACAUAAAAUCUUGUUAUUUUGUCAAAUGACAGCUGUUAUGAAUAAAUUAGAAAUAUAUUUUUCCUAUCGAAAUUAUACAUAUUUAAGAUUGGAUGGUACAACAAAAAGUGAAGAUCGAUGUGAAUUAUUAAAAAAUUUUAAUGAUGAUAAUGUCAAAUGUUUUAUAUUUUUGUUAUCAACACGUGCUGGUGGUGUAGGACUUAAUCUACAAAAAGCUGAUACUGUUAUUUUAUUUGAUUCUGAUUGGAAUCCACAUCAAGAUUUACAAGCGCAAGAUCGUGCACAUCGUAUUGGACAAAAAAAUGAAGUACGAGUAUUACGUUUAAUGUGUGUAAAUACAAUUGAAGAGAAAAUAUUAGCACGUGCAAAAUAUAAAUUAAAUGUCGAUGUAAAAGUGAUACAAGCCGGUAUGUUUAAUCGUUCAUCAACAAGUAGUGAACGACAACAAUUUUUAGAACAAAUAUUAGUUGAAGAUGAUGAAGAACAAACAAGUGGUGGUACAGCUGAUGAAGAAGAUUUACCAGAUGAUGAAACAAUUAAUCAAAUGAUAGCACGAACAGAACAUGAAUUUAAUUUAUUUAAUCGAAUGGAUAUAGCUAGAAGAGAAUAUGAAGCUAAAUAUGGCGUGGGAAGUGGAGGGGAUGGAGCUCAUGAAAGACGAGUGGCUGCCGCAGCGAUGAGAACAACGGAUGAAACAACAAAAACAACGUAUCCAGUUAAAAAAUCGGAUAAAAAAGGGAGCCAUCUUAAAUCCUCAAAUAAACAAAAAAAAAUGAAAUUAACAGAUGAUCUAGAAGACGAAACAAGUGAGAACGACGAUUCUUCUGAUAUACCAAAAAAUUCAAACAGAAAAUUAACACCAUCAUUUCUUGCUCAAAGUGAUGAGGAAAUGGUUAUUGAUUCAGAGUUAAAUAUGGCAAAAAGUGACGAUGAAGAUAUUUUGGAUGAUGAUUUGGAAGAUGACGAUGAAGAAAUUGAUGAUCCAUUACAACAGUCAGAACCAAAACAAAUAAUAAAACAUCGACGUAAAAUGAAAACAAAUCGUUUAAUAACUGAAGAUGAAUUACCCGAAUGGUUAAAAAAAAAUGUUGACGAAGUUGAACAAACAUUAGAAAAUGAGGAUGACUUUGGUAAAGGACGUCGACAACGUAAAGAUGUUGAUUACAGUGAUAAUUUGACGGAACGUGAAUUUUUAGCUGCAUUAGAAGAAGGAAAUUUAGAUGACGUCGAACAACAAAAACGUCAACGAAAACAAACAAAAAAAUUCGUAAAUGAUACAUCAACUAAUAUGGAUGAUGAUGAUGACAUAGAUAGUACAACUCAAAAUGUUACAACAACAAAUUCCACAUAUCAACAAUCCAAUCAACAAGAACAACAACGCAAGAAUACUAAACAACGUAGUAGUGUAACAAAACGUCAUCAAAAUAUAGAUUCAAAAAUUCUUCAGCAAUGUAAAGUUCUAUUAGAUAAACUAAUUCAUUAUCAUGAUUCUGAUGGGAGACAAUUGUCACAACCGUUCAUUCGUUUACCCGGACAAAAACAAUUACCCAUCUAUUAUCAAACAAUUAAAGAUCCAAUUGACUUUAACCGUAUUCGUCGACGUAUUGAAACUUAUCAUUAUGAAACAUUAGAUGAUUUUGAACAAGAUAUUGUUUUAUUAUGUAAAAAUGCUCAAACAUUCAAUAUGGAAACAUCUCUUAUCUAUACGGAUUCAAUUGAAUUAGAAAAAAUAUUUCAAAACUUACGAAAGCAAUUGGAAAGUGGAGAAAUUGAUCUCAACUACGAACAAGUGAACGUACGAAAAAUAUCAUUUCGUCGAGGUGGUGGUGGUGGGAAAUCGGGGCGAAAAGGAGGAACAAAUGGAAAAAGAAAAAAACGGUCAAUUUCAUCAUCAGAGGAUGAAUCAGAGAAUGCCGUGGAGGAUGAAGAAGAAGACGAUAAUUUAUCAUUAAAAACAAAAGACAUCAUAUGA